AUGAAUGAUUAUGAAAAACGUUUUCAACGUUCAAUACAAAAAUUAACUGUACCAUCAUGGUAUACAGAUACGAAAUCAUCAUUAAAUAUAAUUAAUAAUAGUAAACAAUCGAUUAUAUCAACAACAUCUAUACCAUGGAAAACAUCUUAUAAAGAACUUCAACGAACUCCUGAAAUACUUUGUAUACAUGUUCCGCAUAGCUAUCGUUCAUGUCGAUCAUCAAUAGCAACAUCACCAUCACCAUCAAUUCAUUCUUGGCAUCCAAAUAUUCUAUUAGAUGGAUCUAAACGACAGAAAAAAUAUGAAAAAGGUGUUGAACGUGUAUCAAAAUCUAGUCGUUGGUAUCAACCAACACAAUUUAUUGCUAAUGAAACAAUAAAUAUUCAUACAGGUAAUAUAAAAGUAUCAACAUCAACCAAACAUAAACAACCAUCGUCUAAAAACAAUCAUUACGAUACACCAAAAAUUCAUCGUGAUGAUGAAAGUUUAAUAUUAAAAUCAAAUCUUUUGGUAGCUAAUGGUGAUAUUGAAAAAAAUAUUAUCACUGAGCAAACUCAGAAUAUGAUUACAAAUGAAAAGCAACAAGACAAUCAUAUUAAAUCAAAUGAAUCUCAAAUAAUGCCAUUGGCUAUUACAAAAGAACCCUUCAGUCAUAUUGAAUUAGAAGACGUAACUGAUGAAGAACAUGACAAUCGAUCAUUAUCAAUGAAAAAUAACAAUCUUACACCAACUAUAACAAAUUUAUCAUUAUCUAAUGAAAAAUCUGAUGAUAAUGAAUUAUUAGAACGGAAAAUAGAUAAUAAUAAUAAUUCAUAUUAUGUUUAG